GGUUUUCAGCUCCAUUGUGAGAGAGAGAGAGGGAUAGAGAGAGAGAGAGAGAGGGUUGACGCGUCAUCCAGACAUAAAUUUGCUAUUAUAAAGCCUCACGGAGACUCACGUCCACAGGAUCCGGCGCUUGUGAGUCGGGAAAACCCCCUCGGUGGAUAAAUCCAGCAGAGAGCGACAGUAAUGCGUACAAGAAGCGCGGCGCUAUUUGGGUGCAUGCAUUUCUAUGUGUGUUGGUCUGGAUACGUCGUCUAGAAGAAUCCGGAGUUGACAAGUUUAGGCAGAAAGAAGAAAGACUCGUUUUUGUUUCCUUUUCAAUUUCACAUCCUUAGAUAUUCUGAUCCGCUGUAUGGAGACGCUCGUUUUAUAGGACAUGACGGGGACUCCGUUCCUGCUCUGCGAAGCCAAAACUCCGCUCAAUGCGAGGGGAGCCCGAAGUUCAUAAAAGGGAUUAUUUGCAUCUGGGUGCCUGAGACCUUCGGUGCCUCCGGAUUUUACUUUUUUUUUGGACUUGGGGAUUUAUCGGUUCUCGCCAGUGAUGGAAAGCCGAGAUUUCGCUCCUCCGCACCACCUCCUGACGGAGCGGAGCGCGCUGGUGCACAGCGCCGCGUCUCGGAUGGCGCCGGGCGGCCACGGCUCCGUGCAGCACCCGGCUCACUUCCAGCCCGGGAAAUACUACUCGUCCCACCUCUCCAUGGCUCCGCACUCAGGUGCUUCCUUCAUGGGUUCCUUCCUGGCCAGCAGUCUGGGGUCACCGCCUUCCCACCCUCCUCACCCGUCAGGACCUGCGGCCUCCCCCUCCUCCCCCUCCUACAGGGCUGGACCCCAUUCAAGCGCUUCCCCUAUAUGGUUCCCCCAUUCGCAUGAAGGGUACCCCAGCUAUUCAGGAAGUCUUGGCUCUCCUUUUCUCCCCAUGAGUUCCCUGGAUCACCAUAGCAACGGUCUCUAUGGACAGCACCGCUUCUAUGAAACUCCAAAAGAUCACUUCUACCUGAGAGGCCUUCCUCCCCAGCCCCCUUUGCUCUCCACCAAUCACAGCCUUCCCCCUUUGUCCAGGACUGCCCCAGGCCACCCUCUUGGCUCUUGCAGCCGAGAGAUGGACAAUGGGGGAGGAGGGGGGAAGAGCACCAAGGAUGUGGGCGAGAAAGGGUUGUCAUCUGUGUCGAAGGACAAGGAGCGAUCAAGCAGCAAGGAGCGACACCAGGAGAGCAAAGACAAACAGCAUCAGCUCCAUCAUCACCACCUUCAUCAGACACACUCUGCCACCACUCCAUCGAGCUACCACCACCAAGCUUACCCCCAUCCUCACCAUGCCCUUCUUCCUCACCUCACACCCCAGAGCAGGGAGGAGGAGCACAGACACUCUCUGGAGCGACACAAGGAGUACAGAGACAGUGACUCGGGAAGCCAGGGGACAAAAAGUAUGACUGCUUGUAAACUGUCCAGUGGUUCAGGGUCAGAAAGUGGCUCCGGAGGAAAAGGGGGAACGAUGAGCAGUUGUAGUGGUGGUGGGCUGGGCAGGUCUCCAUCUGGAGGUGGCAGACGGUGCUCCAAGGAUGGAGCCAUAAACGGGGAGAUGAGGAUCAGUGAAUCCUCCACUUCCUCGUCUGAAUGUAUGAGACGAGGGUCGGCUGCAGCAACAGCCAUCUUGUCAGCUCCUACUCCCCACUCUGUGGCCUCCUACUCAAUGCCUCCUCCUCCCCCUCCGCCACCUCCUCCUCAUGCCUUACACAUGGGUGCCACAGUCACAGGAGGGUGGAUACACCACGCACAUAACCACCCUCAUCCUGAGUUUUACUGUUCCCCUCUUACACUGACGCCCUCAAAAGAUACCACUUCCGCCCCUGGAGGGUCUGGCAGGGAGGCGAAAGUCAUUGGCCCAACAUAUUUGCCGACAGUUGGGCCCCUGGGAGACCUGGCAGCCCCAGAAUGUCGUGGUUCAGGAGGAGGCGGGAGAAGGGGAGAUGAUAAGAGUGGAGAAGGAUCUUAUGAAAGUCCCUCUCAUCACCUCAACCGACUAAGCAGUUGCCAGAAGAAGGACAGAUCCCAGCCACACCAGCAGCAGCUGGGAUACGGAAAAGCAGACAAACCUCCUGACUGGAACCACCAGACACAGAACUUCCACAAACCCAACUCCAACAUGAACUCUCAGCCCGAGCUACGGUCCUGCAGCCUGGAAAGAUCUUCAUCCAUUAGAGAUAUAGAGGUUGUGGAUGAUGUUUACCGACCCUCACACCCACUAGAUGGCCAGGGGUCACACCCUGCCGCUGGACAGGGCACUUCCAAGAAUGGCUCUGAUACAAGCACUCCUCCCUUUAGGGACUGUUCCCGCUCGAGUCCUCAUCCAGAUGGGAAGGUGGGAUCAGGGGCUCAGAGGGAGGGACAAAAGGUUGCAAGGAUAAGGCAUCAGCAGCAUAGCAGCCAUGGAGCAAGUACAGAUGAAAGGGCAAGAGACGGAGGUCAGACGGCACCUUCCUGGGGGGCUCGAGAGGGCAACCAGGAGGACCAGAGGAAAGGCUCCCAUCAUGCAUCAGUUGGUAAUGGUGAAGUAAGAGGGCUCAACAACCGAGCUUCAAUUAAUGACCAGCCCCAUUCUCAACCCCCUCCACCUCUAUCCCGUUCCACGUCACACACCACUGAGGAUGAGGGCAGUGCCAUGAAGAACCUAAUGAACUACAGCUCCCAGCAGCCAUUGCUUCUGCCACAGCGGAGCCCCUUCGGAGGCCUGGGCUGCCUCAAGCAGGGAGAGAGAUCAGAGAAGGGGGACAGAGGAGGAGCUAAGCGAGAACCUCUGCAAGACCCGCUCAAACAGUCGCUCCCUCCUCGCCGGGGCCCCACUAACGAGGGAGAGAAAGGUGACAGAGGUGGGAAAGAGUCAGGGGACGCAGGAGAGGGGGAGGUGCGGCAGCCUCCGGUGGGUAUUGCUGUUGCGGUAGCCCGACCACCCCAUCGUUCCCCAGACAACACCCCUGGACACAGCAGACAAGGCAGGGUGCUUCCCAGCAUGAAAGGGGUGUCUCGCUCUGUGUAUCCUCUUGGCCGGGAGGCAGAGGAGAGGAAGAGGAUGACAGAGGAGCAGAUCAGCCUUCAUCAUCUGGACAGAGACAGAGAGCUAAUCAUCAGGGAAAACAAGGAUCGAGUGGAGUUCGCCAGGAUCCACCCUUCUAGUAGUUGCCACGGUGACCUGACCUCCCACCUCCUGGUUCCAGCCAACCAGUUAGGGCCGGACCCUGCUGCACACGCUCACCCAGCUCACCACCACUGGAUGCAGAGGACGGGGAGCCCCUCCCUCUGGAUGGGGCAUUCGUACAGUCUAAGCCAUGUUGGAAUGAGCCCCGGCUUCCCAACAGGUCUCCCCGGCUCUCUGCAGCCCGUCUUGGGGUCACUCACCCAAGACCCUAACUCUACGCUGGUGGUUCUUCCGACAGAACCGGGGCCUCAUCAUCAUCUCGAUGUUUUGGAGCAGUCAGGACUGUGGCCUCCUGUCUACGGCGGCCGCGGCCCCCCUCCUCACCUGCAGCAUCACCCUGUCUACUCCCGCUCCUCAUUCCUACGGCAGCAGGAGCUGUACGCCCUGCAGCACCAGCAGCACCAGCAGCAGCAGCGAGUCAUGGAGCACAUGCAGCGCCACACCAUGGGACAGAGAAAACACGACGAGCAUCCCAUUACGAUAGAAGACUCUCCUCACCAGUCUUCCCGCAAUGCCUCCUCAUCCUCCUCCGCCACCUCAUCUCAUGCAGCCAAGCCCUUCUCUCACACUCCUCCUCCACCCAAGACACUCACGCCUUCUCCGGGGAUGUGUCCCUCCAGCCGUCACUCGCCCUGCUACCACUCCCCGUCCAGGCGGCCGCACCCGCCGAACCCCCUGACCCCAGCUCCGAGCCCGGCCGCCGCGGCUCCCCGCUCCCCGGCGCUCAGCCCCGCUCCCUCGCACCUUUCCAAGGGGCUGGAGAGGGGCAGCGACAGAGGAGAGGGACAGCCGCCUCAGGACUACCCACAAUCCCUAGAGCCAGACUUGCCACCUGUUUACUCCUACCCUCCGAUCGCCAUGGGUUACAAGGCCAGGCCAUCACCUGCCGAAGCCAGAUUGGCUGAACAGGCCACGGUGGAGGCAGAGCCAGCAGAGCCCGACUCCAAGUCCCACCCACAUCCGUGCCACAUCCAGCCUCUCACAAAAGAAGAGGAGAGCAGGGAGGAAGAGGAGGAUGGAUCGAGAGACUGUGAAGUGGUGGAAUCUCAGAGUGGAGUCGCAGAGGAAGAGGAGGGGGAACGGAGGGUGGAGAAGAGAGGAUGCUCUGUCUCCGAGCCAGGGAGCACGAUUUCUGGAUUGCUGCCAUGCCCUUCCCCGGCUCCAGUCCCAGAUCCAGCCAGCCCGGCCACAGCCACGGGCAAAGCCCUAAAAGUAGAUCUCUCCCUGGGUUAUCCGGGCCAGAAGGCCGGCCUGGAGGAGCCCCAGCUAUCCAAAGAGCAGGAGGAUGAUAGGGAGCAUGGAAAAGAGGACACGGGGGAGGAGGAGGAGGGAGAGAGAAUGGAGCCCGACACAACAGAAUGUAUCGUCUCUGUGCCUGGAGAGCCCAAAGAGGAGGAGAAGGGGGAGGAAGAGGAGGACGGGGACAAAAAUGGAGAGAAUGUAGAGGUGGCCGAGGAUGAGGAGGAAGUGAGAGGGAUGAGUCCCGUCGAGGACCUGGCGGUAGUCCCAUGUAGCUCACCUGCUCCCUCCCCGGCCUCCGACCCCUUCCUGCCUCCCUUAGCGAGCACGGCCACCCAGCUCCAGGGGGCCUACAUGUGGAGCCUGGAGCUGCUGAUCGCCGCCGCUCUGUGCGCCACCAGGGAUGCCUUGUACCCACCCACACCUGUCAGCCGGGCCCCGAGCCCCCCACCCAACAACGGCAUGGCGAUACUGGGAGAGCUGGCCGAGCUGGAGAUUCAGCAGAGGAGCAGGCAGAGCACAGAGAAAACCCCUGAAGGUGAGGACAUGCUGACCUUUGACCUCCACAGUCUGGCGACGCUGGCGGCCGCCCGUGCCCUGGAGAUGGGGGGAUGCGCUGAGGAUGUGCGGGCGGACCAGCAGUGUCCAAUCAGGGAGAGGCUCAACCUGCGCAGGAAGUGCAGCUGGACGCCUCGCCACGAGCCGGCAUGCCCAGUGAAGGGCUCCAUGGAGACAAUGGGAGGGGAGGAGCUGUCCAUGCGUGUCCAGCUGGCUGAGUUACAGCGCCGCUACAAAGAGAAACAGAGAGAACUGGCCAAGCUACAGAGGAAACACGACCACCAUAGAGAGGAGACGUCUCGCAGCCCUGCCCGCCGGGGGCCUGGCCGCCCCCGCAAGCGCAAGUCCACCCCCGGCCCAGCUGCUGCGGAGAGUUCCAAGAGACUCAGGGUUGAGCUAAGUUUGCUGGAGGAGAAAGACAGGAAGAAAAUGUCCAAUCACAGCUUGAACAGCCUCAGCGCUGCCCAGAUGAAAGCUUGCUGUAAGCACAGAGGGCGGCCCAGCACCCUGAGCUCCAGAAUGGCCCGGCGGGUGACCCAGCUGAAGCAGAAGGCCGCAGCCCAGCGCGGCGUGUCGUCAGCCGGCCCGCUGCACUGCAGAGGGGACCCUGGAGAGGAGGAGACGCCCAAGAGUCACUGUAGACAACAAGGAGGCAGAGACCCUCAGCAAGACUGGGCAGCCAGGCAGACGAUGAAGAGGAAGAGGGGCCGGAAGCCUAAAGUGUUGACCGGUGUGGACUCGCACAGAGUCCAUCACAAGGACGGCCGGACCUCUGACAAACAGGGAGUCAGGGAAGAGAAGAGUCACAGUGAGAGCUCCGAGCACGAGGACGAGGAGGACGGCAGCUACGACAGUGACGGCGGUGACAUCAAGAUGGGCUCGUGCUCUAGAGAAACUCCCACGCACCCUGCUGGGAUUUCACCUGGCUCCUCACAGUCAACCAAGCUCCAGACAAACCAGAGAGCCAGGAGUAAGAGACCAGGGACCACAGGCAUGGAGGGCAUGUCCAUUACAGACCAGCGGACAGCACUCAGAAGAGCAAGCCCCUACAGCACAGAGAGGAGACGCCAAGACCACCACAGGAGUAAAAGAGCAUCUCUGCUUAGCUGGGGACUGUCAGCAGUGGGCUGCAGCUUUGGGGACGGCCGGGGGAACCAGACGCAAGCCAACAGGACCAUCAAGGAAACCAUGAAGAAGACCCCGGGAGGACAGGGAAUUCUGGGGAAGGCUAAGGGCCAGGCGGUGAGCCGACUCCUGCAGAGCUUCGCGGCUGACGACGGCUUUCGGUUGGAUGAGGAGAGCAGCUUCUCUGAGGGGGAGGAGGAGGAGGAGGAAGAGGAGGAGGAGGAAGGAGAAGACGAGGAGGAGGAAGGAGAAGAAGAGGAGGAGGAGGAGGGGGAGGAAGGGAAUGAGAAGAAGUCGAUCCACCUUCCUCCCAACAUGCCAUGCAGAAUACCCGCCCUGCCUAACUGUGUGCUGAGUAAAGAGAUGCUGGUGGACGGACUGAAGAUCCUGAUCUCUAAGGAGGAUGAGUUGCUGUACGCCGCCUGUGUCCAAACCCUGGACCUGCCUGACAUAUUCAGUGUUGUCAUCGAAGGAGAACGAGGGAAUCGCCCCAGGAUCUACUCGUUGGAGCAGCUACUACAAGAAGCAGUGUUAGACGUGCGUACCCAGACUGAGGCCAUCCUGACGGCAGGGACGCGAGUUUGUGCCUACUGGACCGAGCGAUCUCGCUGCCUUUACCCUGGAUAUGUCCACCGAGGAGGUCCAGGCGAGGUGGAGAAGGAGGGCAGUGUGAUGGUGGAGUUCGAUGAUGGAGACAGAGGAAGGAUCUCACUCUCAAACAUCAGACUUCUGCCGCCCGGAUACCAAAUCCACUGUGCGGAACCCUCUCCGGCUCUUCUGAUCUCACUUGGUCGCCGCGGUCGACAAGGCUCUAUCCAGGAGAAGAAGGACACGCCUACAGAGAAGCCAACCAAUGAGGAGCUAGCAGGCAGACCGCAGGAGAAAAGACCAGUUGGCAGACCGAAGAAAAUUCACUCAUUGCCUAAGACUGCCAGCACCCUGACGUCAGUAACAGACACUGUAACCAAAAAUGACACCUCUUUGAUGAGUUGGUCCAUGCCCAGGAAGAGGCCACCGGUUGACUUCUUCCUCUUCAAUGGGACGUCCCGUAAGACCCAGAAAAAAAUACAGGGGCGAGACUUAGGUUUGUUCCAUCCGCCUGCCUCUCACUCACUUGUACCCCCAUCCCCCGUCAAAGGUAUCUUUGGCUCUCCUUUUGUAGUCGACUCAUUCAGUAGCAUCGCCAAUGGCUACUCUGCGUUUGGGAGCAGUGGAAACUCUGGAGGUGGGCGACCAGCCACCACGGUAGCUUCCAUGGGACCCCGGGACUCCUCCUCUUGUUCCUCUGCUGUCACCCCGGCAAACGCAGCUGGGAGCAGGAAGCCAGUGGGUGAACGGGACAGGAAACCGUUUCUGGUGAAGCUUGACCACGAAGGAGUGACCUCUCCUAAAACAAAGAACGGCAAGGCCCUGCUUCGACUUGGAGGAAGCGGAGGGAGAGAAGCACCACUGCGAUACAUCCACCCGUCUCUGCCGGUGAAGGAGGGAAAGAAGACACGAGGAGAAAGAGAUGAUGCCGGGGCCCAAUCUGAGGCUCCACCUGUGAGAAAGGAUCUUCCGUCAGCUGCUGUGGGAGUCCAAGGUGGGGAUUACAGUUUGGACUACCCAAGUGACUGUCCCAGCUCCUACUCUGAGCUGGAUGAGGAAGAUGAGGAUGAUGGUCAAGGUGUUGAAUCACGUAGAAGAGGUGCAUCAGAGACAUCUCAUCGUGGUGGUCGUUUUCUCUCUCGUCUUUCCGCUUGCUUCUCCUCAUCUUCCUCCUCUUCCUCCUCCUCCGGAUCCAUCUCCUCAUCAUCCCUCUGCUCUUCAGACAACGAUUCCUCCUACUCCUCUGACGAAGAGUCCUCCUCUGUGCUGCUGCGCCGUGCACUGCUCCAGCAGGACAAGCACAAGCACAGGCAGAACGUAAAGUCUGACCAACUAAAUCCUGACCCUACAACCUCCAGCUCUUCUCCCUCGGUCUCCGGCCCGGCUCACGGCUUUGUGGCAAAAGCCAACAUGGCCGUCACUGGGUCGAAGGGGAGGGCUGACAGAGCAGAAGACAGGAAAGAGUUCAUAUCCAAAGGAAGUGUGGGGGCUAACAGUAGCACGGCAAAGACCCGGCUGAAGAGGAAAGAAGCAGGUUCUAACAGCCACCAUCAGAGCCAAAUCAGUCCUGUUAACCAGCAACCGAAACCCGCUGCCAAGGACCCGGCAACAACAAAGAGGCAGAGGAUGUCGUCACCUGAGCCUCUUCCCAUCAUGGCUCCAGUGCUGCAUGGGCGCCAGCUGUGGAAAUGGUCCGGCAACCCCACACAGAGGAGAGGUCUGAAGGGUAAAGCCCGCAAACUUUUCUACAAGGCCAUUGUGAGGGGAAAAGAGACGGUGCGUGUCGGGGACUGUGCCGUGUUCCUGUCACCUGGUCGGCCACAGCUGCCUUACGUGGGCCGGGUGGAGAGCCUGUGGGAGUCAUGGAGCUCCAGCAUGGUGGUCAGGGUCAAGUGGUUCUACCACCCGGAGGAGACUCGUCUGGGGAAGCGACACCGCGAUGGCAAGAAUGCCUUGUACCAGUCAAGCCACGAGGACGAGAAUGACGUGCAGACCAUCUCCCAUCGCUGCCAGGUGGUCAGCAGGGCCGAGUAUGAUCACCUGAUGCUUGAACGCAAGCCGGGGAACUCGGCGAACGACCAGUUCUACUUGGCCGGAACCUACGAGCCAACCACUGGCCAGUUAAUCAGCGCAGACGGCAUGGCCAUUGUUUCCUAGAACCAGCGGCCAUGGAGGGAAAUCUAAAUAUUAGACACGGGCUCUGGAGUCGACUGCCUCCAGGAAGGGACAGAGGGAAACCAAGACAAGAGUUUCAGCUCUGCUUAUUCAUCUGUCCCUUGCAAGCUAAGGAGCUAGCCCACCGGUUAAAGUCCGGCAGUGGUGGCACUUAAAAGGGGUCCGGUUUGUUCUGGAGAGAAAAAGUUCUGAUCAUGUCAGAUUUAACCUUUUUAUCAGACCUGGACUGAGGCUCCUUUUUGCAGUGGAGCCGGCCGUCCCUCUUUGAAAUAACAAAGGUAUCUCGCCACAGCGUCAAGAGAACUGCAACGAGAGAACAGGAACCACGGACGUGAGCACUUUGGACAGUAGCUUGGAGGGAGGGUGGCAGAUUUCGAUUUCUGAGACAAUGACAGACUCAGAGAGCAGGAGAGACUGUAUGGUAAGGGGAAACUUACUGUAAACCACACUGGUUUGGAUGGUUGUAAUGGUCUUAUACUGGUAGUAUGUUGAUGACAACGAUAACCCAAUGUGGGAGAUGCCCAACAGGACCAAAAAGCACUGUUGUACGGACUUGUGUGUAAAUGUUUGUGUGAGUGUUUGAAGAAUGGCUGUGUUGACCCUGUUUGGCAUUUAAUGAGCUCUAAGUAAAUAGUGCUUUAGCGUGCGUGUGUUUGUAUUGAAUGUGUGUGUGGCCGCGCGCGCGUGUGUGUGUGAUCAUGCACGUGUACGCCUGUGCUCAUCAAGCAAAGAUGACGUCAUGACACAAUGUCUCUAAUACUCAGAAUAUUAAUCUAUCCAGUACGUAACGUGCAGUUUUCAGUCCUUCCGACGGAAACACCCGACGUUUAUUGUUUUUGUUUUCUCCUGUCAAGCCAUACACGUCAAUACCUCUCUCUCGUAUCCUCCGAUUCAGGUGCGAAGACACAUGUACAGGUAGUUGGAUUGUCUAUUUGAACUGUGGGUGCGUGUUGGUGUGCGUGAGCGUGCGCGCUUUGUACAGCAUUAUUGUAUAAAAUGACAUGUUGUAAAUAGUAUACAUAUAUAUUUGUUCUUAUUUGUUUUCUUUUGCAGAGAAGAUUAUUUUAUUUAGAUUUUUUUAGGGUGUGUGUGGGUGGGUGUGGGAGGGUCUGGCAGAGGGAGGAGGUCGGGUUAAGUUUCUCUCUCGAUGCACUGAACAGGAUCGGAGGCUCGGACUUGUACAACUGAUGUGAAGACUUAGUGGUUGUAAGCCCUGCUUUAGGGAUGAACACGUACAAAGGGCGUUUGGGAAAUGUUUUUAUAAGGAAAUCAGAAAAAGGCUCUUUUUAAACAUGUGUCCAAAAUCCCUUCUUUUUUAAUUAUUUUUGCUUUGUUGGGAUAAGAAUGUGCAUUUCCUGUUGGGAGCUUUUUUCUUCACAAAUACUGGAAAAGAAACUGAGUUUCUGCUGUUCACGGAUCCUGAAAGAAUCUCGUUCUCCUUUAUCUAUUUUAUCCUGUAUUUCCUAUAUGAAAUGUAGAUAUUUAUCUGGCAUCGAAACUAAACAUACCAAAGCACCUGCGAGUUUACGCUUCACCGCAUUAGAAGGAAAAUUAUUUUAUGAAAAUAGACAUAAAAAAUGACGUUCAAUCAAAUCUGAAUCCGGGACCCCUGCAAUCACCGAGGUAUUUGAAGUGGAGUUCCUCUCGGUGUGUGCUCAUGUUCACCCAGCGUUGCUAUGACAGCCCUCGGAGGAACGUUGCAGCAACAUUGUCUGCGUGCUGCCCAGCUGAUGCACUUGAGGUCUCUAUGGCAACCAGAAUGGCAUCACGUGACUGUGAAGGACAAUCAGAGCCAAUCAAUGGGACAAUUGUGAGAGACAAAAAAAAAAAAAAAAAAAACAAGAUAAGGAUCAAAUCACAAAUUAU